AUGCAGCAGAAAAUCACAGAGCCGGCUGAAGCCGGCGGACCCUGCGCGGGGGUCGGGGCGGCGACGCGGACGCGAGCGCGGCGAGGGCAGGCGGGCAGCAAGGGGGGUGGCCGACGCGCGGGGCCGCCUGUCGGGGCCCGGGGGCGGGGUCGGGGAGGCUCCGCCCAGCAGUCACCUGCGACAGGUGGAGCGCGCGGCGCCCGGCGCUCGGCCAUGUCUGUGGAGAGCGCAGGGCCCGGGUCGGGGCCGCUGUGCCCGGAGCACGGCCAGGCUCUGAGCUGGUUCUGCUGCUCCGAGCGACGGCCCGUGUGCGCCGCCUGCGCGGGGCUGGGCGGCCGCUGCCGGGGGCACCGCAUCCGCCGGGCGGAGGAGCGCGCGGAAGAGCUGCGGAACAAGAUUGUGGACCAGUGUGAGAGGCUGCAGUUCCACAGUGCCAGCAUCGCCAAGUAUGUGGCUGAGGUCCUGCCAGGGAAGAGCCAGAGAGCAGUGAGCACAGCCAGCGCGGCGCGGGAACUGGUCAUCCAGAGGCUAGCUGUGGUGAGGAGUCUGUGUGAGAGUGAGGAGCAGCGUUUGUUGGAACAGGUGCAUGGUGAAGAAGAGCGGGCCCACCAGAGCAUCCUGACACAGCGAGUCCACUGGACUGAGGCGCUGCAGAAGCUCGACACCAUCCGGACCAGCCUGGUGGGCAUGCUCACCCAUCUGGAUGACCUCCAGCUGAUUCAGAAGGAGCAGGAGAUUUUUGAAAGGACCGAGGAAGCAGAGGGCAUUUUGGAUCCCCAGGAGUCGGACAAGUUAAACUUUAAUGAGAAGUGCAUUCGGAGCCCCCUACUUACCCAACUCUGGGUGACAGCGGUUCUCGGGUCCCUCUCAGGCACGGAGGACGUGCGUAUCGACGAGAGGACCGUCAGCCCCUUCCUGCAACUGUCAGAUGAUCGAAGGACCCUGACCUUCAAUGCCAAGAAGUCCAAGGCCUGUGCAGAUGCCCCCGAGCGCUUUGACCACUGGCCCAAUGCCCUCGCGGCCACCUCCUUUCAGGCUGGGCUGCACACCUGGAUGGUGAACGUCCAGAACAGUUGUGCCUAUAAGGUGGGCGUGGCCCUGGGCCAGCUGCCCCGCAAGGGCUCAGGCAGUGACUCUCGUCUGGGCCACAACACCUUCUCCUGGGUCUUCUCCCGCUAUGACCAGGAGUUUCGUUUCUCCCACAACGGGCAGCACGAGCCCCUGGGGCUGCUGCGCUGCCCCACCCAGCUGGGCGUGCUUCUAGACUUGCAGGCGCAGGAACUGCUCUUCUACGAGCCGGCCUCUGGCACGGUGCUCCACACCCACCACGUGCCCUUUUCCGGGCCCCUCUUCCCAGUCUUUGCGGUGGCCGACCAGACCAUUUCCAUCAUCCGCUGA